UCUCCAGCGUCCCACCACACAAGCCGUUCUACAGACUCCCCUCAAUUUGGUGAUAACAAUGAAUCCCUACGGAAGAACCACAGCAGCAAACGCGGUAAAGAGCCGUCGCGCAAUGGGGACAACAAGAUAAUGUGCAAACACCAAGAGUGCCAGGGCAUAUCAUUCGAUCGCAAAUGCGACUGGAACAAACACAUGGACAAGCAUGACCGUCCUUACAAGUGCAAUGCCAAGGGUUGCGAAAAGGUCCAAGGAUUCACCUACAGGGGCGGCCUCGGUCGCCAUGAGCGCGAGGUUCACAAGAUGCACGGCGGUACGAAGAAAUCACUUUUUUGUCCGUUCGCCGACUGCAAGCGCUCCGGCGCCGGCUUCACACGGAAAGAGAAUCUCACUGAGCACAUCCGCCGCGUCCACCGGAGAACAUCAAUGUCAGCAGACUUGCACGGA